AUGCCGUUGAAAUGGAAAAGCGGUUCUCCUGUCAGCUGGAAAUUCCCAGUGCCAGUCCUUAAGACGUCCCGUUCCUCACCGCUCUCACCUGCCUACAUCCACCAACACUCCUUUGUGGUGUGGACAAACCACUCUCUGCUCGCUACCUGUCCACCUUACCACCUGACAGGAUCCCUCGUGGAGGACGACGACACUCACAUGAAAGUGGCUUUGGGCUACGGUGAUAUGGGCAUUUGUGCUCACCUUCAGGCAUCAAAGACUGGAAACACACGAUUUUUCACAAGCAACACGCACAGCUCCGUGGUUCUUCAGGGCUUUGACCAGCUGAGAAUAGAGGGACUCCUAUGUGAUGUCACUCUGGUGGCUGGUGACGGUGAUGAAGCCUUCCCGGUACAUCGAGCAAUGAUGGCCUCGUCCUCUGACUAUUUCAAAGCCAUGUUCACAGGUGGAAUGAAAGAACAGGACUUAAUGUGCAUCAAGCUCCACGGAGUAAACCGAAUAGGCCUAAAGAAAAUCAUCGACUUCAUCUACACAGCCAAGUUGUCACUCAACAUGGAGAAUCUGCAAGACACACUCGAGGCAGCCAGCUUCUUACAAAUCCUUCCGGUGUUGGAUUUUUGCAAGGUUUUUCUUAUAUCUGGGGUUUCCCUUGACAACUGUGUCGAGGUGGGCCGCAUUGCCAACGCGUACAACCUCACUGAGGUGGACAAAUAUGUCAACAAUUUCAUACUGAAAAACUUUCCCUCGCUAUUGGGCACAGGCGAGUUUGUCAAGCUGCCGUUCGAGCGCUUGGCAUUUGUUUUGUCCAGCAAUAGCUUGAAACACUGCACUGAAUUAGACCUCUUCAAGGCCGCUUGUCGCUGGCUUCGCUACGAGGACAGCCGCAUGGACUACGCCUCCAAGCUUAUGAAGAACAUCCGCUUUCCCCUCAUGAACCCACAGGAGCUCAUCAAUCAUGUACAGACGGUGGACUUCAUGCGCACAGACAACACGUGCGUCAACCUUCUCCUGGAAGCUAGCAACUACCAAAUGAUGCCCUAUAUGCAGCCAGUCAUGCAGUCGGAACGGACAGCCAUCCGCUCAGACAGCGCCCACUUGGUCACGUUGGGCGGUGUCCUGCGGCAGCAGCUUGUGGUCAGCAAAGAGCUGCGUCUGUUUGACGAGAAAGCGCACGAAUGGAAAGCACUGGCACCUAUGGACGCGCCUCGCUACCAACACGGCAUUGCGGUCAUUGGUAACUUCCUCUACGUGGUGGGAGGCCAAAGCAACUAUGACACCAAAGGCAAGACAGCAGUGGACACAGUGUUUCGCUAUGACCCGCGCUAUAACAAAUGGAUGCAGGUGGCAUGCCUUAAUGAGAAGCGAACCUUCUUCCACCUCAGUGCACUCAAGGGACACCUUUAUGCUGUAGGUGGAAGAAAUGCGGCUGGGGAGCUCGCUACUGUGGAGUGCUACAACCCAAGGACGAAUGAAUGGACAUACGUUGCCAAAAUGAAUGAGCCACACUACGGCCAUGCCGGGACGGUGUAUGGCGGCUAUAUGUAUAUAUCAGGGGGCAUCACUCACGACACCUUUCAGAAGGAGCUGAUGUGCUUUGACCCAGAUGCAGACAAAUGGACUCAAAAGGCACCGAUGACCACCGUGCGCGGCCUCCACUGCAUGUGCACGGUGGGCGACCGCCUCUACGUCAUUGGCGGAAACCACUUCCGGGGCACUAGCGACUACGACGACGUGCUCAGCUGCGAGUACUAUUCGCCCGCCCUCGACAUAUGGACUCCUAUCUCCGCCAUGUUGCGAGGCCAGAGCGAUGUGGGCGUGGCCGUUUUUGAGAAUAAGAUCUACGUGGUGGGUGGAUAUUCAUGGAACAAUCGCUGCAUGGUGGAAAUAGUUCAGAAGUACGACCCCGAGAAAGACGAGUGGCACAAAGUCUUUGACUUACCCGAGUCGCUCGGCGGGAUCCGAGCCUGCACGCUCACAGUGUUCCCUCCUGAAGAUAUCUCAGGCUCGCCGUCCAGAGAGUCACCUCUUUCAGCACCUUGA